UGGCGGGAGGGGAAAUAAAUGAAAUGAUUCUAGUGAUAAUGAAAUUGUAAUCUCCUUAUUGAGUUGAUGAUUUAUCACUUCCGUUGGUCCAUUUCAUGAAGAGGGUGAAUUAUAGGAAAUAAAUCUCAGUUUUAUGCAGUUUUGGUUACUAUCUGUGAUUGAUAUGGAUUUGUCCUGAUAUAAGAUUAUCCCCGAACCGAAUCAAAUUUUCAAAAGAUGUCUAGAGAAUGUUACAAAAUAAUUCAGCAGGAUUUCUUCCUGGAUAUAAUUUGAGGAUAGGAAUAAAUGGUAUAUUAUUUUGAAAUAUUGGAUUCAGAAAGCGAAUAGUAAAACUUGCAGUAGCGAUAUCAAAGAGGAUACGAUGGAAAUGAAUGCAUUCUUGAAGUUAUCUUUAUGUGUAUUCAUUUUCUACAGUGUAGAUUGCGGGCGGGUCAUCCAACAAGGUGUAAUCAACUAUAACUCAUUUUCUCCUUCAGUUUUGUUGAAUUCUUCAUCUACCAAUAUCACCGAAUCAAGACAUCUCCUACUCGAAGAGGAAAAGAAGGAUCAGGCAACUAAAGAUCCUAAACCAUCUGAAGAGUUUAAUGAUAUUGGAAAAUCACCUCUAAUAACAAUUUUGGAUAACCUAACAUGCCCAGAUUCCUCAGAGGAUUUUCCUCACAUUUUUUCCGCAGAAGAAUUAAGAACAUGGGCUAUAAUCCCUGUGAUAUUAGUAGGAAUAUACUGUUUCACUAUACUCGCUAUAAUCUGUGAUAAAUACUUUUUGCCGUGCAUGGAAGUUCUUUGUGAAGUGUUUAAUUUACCACAAGAUGUAGCAGCAGCCACCUUCAUGUCCAUAGCGACAUCAACCCCAGAACUAUUCGUUAAUAUUAUAGGAACCUUUAUAACGAAGUCUGAUUUAGGAGUUGGUACCAUUGUGGGUUCUUCUCUAUUCAAUGCUCUUGGGGUAGCAGCUAUAGGUAGCUUAGCAGCGUCUCAACCCAUCCAAUUGGACUGGUGGCCGCUUACAAGAGAUGUCAUCAUCUACAUAUGUGCAGUAUUCCUUUUAGUUUUAAUAACAUGGGAUGGUUACAUUUACUGGUACGAAGGACUCAUACUCUUCGUGGUAUAUUUCCUUUACUUCACUGUUAUGUAUAAUAACACCAGAAUCUCAAAUUUUAUCUCAAAAUUCCUUCCAAAGAGGAAGGUUCGUACAAGUGAUUGCGAUGAAGCAAAAAUAAAAAACGACCAAGAUUCCUUGAGAGAUUCUGUGAGCGGUAGAAAAAUAUCAACCGCAUCUCCAUAUGGUUCCUACAUGGAAGAUUCACACCACAGGCACUCCCAGCAAAAUUUCAAGAAUACUCAACCAACCAUUAGUGUCAUACAAAUCAAAGAUCACGAGAAAGGUAUGGCUACGAUAGAAGAGAAGAAUGAAGAUAAGAAAACGGAAGAAGAGGAGCUGCCUUGGUACACUUUCCCAAAAGAUGCUAAUACUUCUGCGAAAUGUUUAUGGAUUUAUUUGUUUCCAAUCAAAUGUUUCUUACACAUAUUGUUACCAGAUCCGAGAAAACACCCCAAUUUGUACCCUCUCAUAUUUUUGAUGUGUAUAGUGUCUAUAGGAGUUAAUUCAUAUGUGGUUUCUUGGAUGAUAACAUUGAUAGGUUCUACAUUCAGAAUUCCAGAUGCAGUGUUAGGGUUCACAUUUUUGGCUGCUGGUGGUUGUCUUCCUGAGUCUAUAUCAAUUACAAUAAUGUCCAGAAGAGGCGAAGGUUCAAUGGGAGUCUCCAACUCACUUGGAGCAAACACCAUGAACAUUCUCAUGUCCCUAGGACUACCUUGGUUCCUCAAAACGAUCAUGCUGGGAACUAACGAGAACUCUUUCAUCAAAAUCGAAUCGGGAACUAUAGAAUACACUAUAGUGGCACUAAUUGGAGUUGCAGUAAUAUUAUUUGUAACUCUAUAUUUGAACAAAUUUCAGUUGAGAAAGAGAGUUGGUGUGAUAUUGUGCGUAGUGUACUUAGUUUGCAUUUCGUUGGCCAUAGUUUCUGAACUUUUGACCAGACAACAUUGCUGAUGAUUGAUGAAGGUGUACAAAGCAGGUAACCAUCAGUUGGAAAAGGAUGGUAAUUAAUUUGUAGGUUAUUGAAGAUAUUGUGAUGAAUACUUCGGACUAUUGAACAAAAAUUAUGUCUCAAGUGAUAUUUUGUACGCAGACUAAUUAUAAUUUUUAGUGGUGAUGAUUUUACCAUUUAACAGACUUUGUGACUUCUGAUCGGCAACUAUUAAACUUAUUCCGGUUAUACAAUGUAAAAAAAAUUGUUGUUACAUUUUAAAUUGUAUUUCACAUAUUUUCCAUGUAGUCAUAGAGUUUCAUUUUUUGUAUUUACUAUUUUGAUUCAUCAUAAUUGAAAUAAUUUCCUGACUAGAUUGAAACCAAACAAAAAGCUAGAAAUUAUGAAAUAUGUUAUUCCGUUGUCGGUUUCUAUCAAGUAGUCAAAUUGGAUUGAAUUCUGAAAUGUAAAAUUUGAUACCCAUGUGAUAAUUCUGAAACUAUUUCUUCCAUGAAGAAAAUUUAAGUUUUCUGUAAUUGAUCAAAAAUUAUGUUAUAUCCAUUCCCUUAUGUCAAGAAGUGUAUUUUUUUCACUUGAAGUUUCUGGAUAAACUACAAAAAUUGAAUAAAAUAUACUCGUUAUUGUU